CGCCCGGCUUCUGUAAACAAAGGUACACGUGCGAUCUGCGCGUGAUUAAUUUCCCUGGUUAGUAACGGGCUUAAUAGAAGGAAUGCCUGUUACCUGUGCAGCACAAGGGUGUGGAAACAAGCCGAAGACGUACAGCACCCGGAUAUUUCACGUUAUUCCCACCGACGCGGACCGGAGAAAAGCGUGGUUUGAUGCUCUGGGACUUCCAGAAAAACCCGUUUUGGAAAAUAAAAGAUGUAUGGUUUGUGAGGAACAUUUCACCAAGGAGGACUACUUUGAAAAAAUGCAGCAUUCGACCCAGACAAUGGUGCGGCGGCUGAAAAAGACGGCAGUCCCGUCCUUGUUUUGUAAACAACCAAAAGAAACCGGUGAAAACCACAGCGUGUCCAUGGAGGAAGCUUCAGAGCCAGGAACUUCGGCCGAUGUUGGAGACCCAGAGUCGGGGGGUGAGUCCUCACGCAAUCUCCCUGAAGUGGAAGAGGGACAAGAGCAGGAGAACAAGCCAAACAAUCAGGAAACGGAACAUCAUUCUUCCUCGGAGGAGUCAAUCAAAGCGUCGGAAUCUGAAAUAGAAAAUUCGGAGAUGAAGACUGAUGAUGAGCCGGAGCUUAAAGAGGAAAUGAAAACAGUCCGGAGCAAAAGUCCAGAGGAGACUGCUGCAGGACCAGAGGACAAGACCUCUGAUGACAAAGACGAUGUAAAACAGACAGAUGAUGACAUGAAGACGGAGGAGGAGAAGGAUGGGAUACAGGAAAAGUCUUCUCCAUCAGGAGACGAAGAGGAUGUAAAACAGACGAAGGAUGACAUGAAGACGGAGGAGGAGAAGGAUGGGAUACAGGAGGAGAAGGAUGGGAUACAGGAGGAGAAGGAUGGGAUACAGGAGGAGAAGGAUGGGAUACAGGAGGAGAAGUCUUCUCCAUCAGGAGACGAAGAGGAUGUAAAACAGAUGGAUGAUGAAUCGAAGGAGGAGAAGGAUGGGAUGCAGGAGGACAAAUCGUCUCUGGCGGGGAAGCCAUCGGUCUCCAUGGCGGAGGACCUGGAUGAGAUGAUGGACAUUGGGACCGUGGACCAGGUGGACCAGGAAGCUCAGAUGAAGGAAGAGGAUCAGAACAGUUCUGAGAGCAGCUGUUCCGCCGCUGAACUACAAAAAGUCAUCGUUCCUAGCUCUGCUGAGGAGGAGGCCGACGUGAAACCGACGACCUCUGACCUGAUACGGUCCAGCUCGUCUCCGUCGUCUGAAACUGCGACGAGCACCGGAAGAGAGAGCUCGUCGCCGCCCGUGAACGGGAUGAAGACGGUCAAGCAGUCGCUGCCCAGGUUAAACGAUGAGAACUCCAAGUCUGAAUCUGAUCCCAUCAAGUCAUCUCCUCCUCCUUCUCCUCCUCUGACCAAAGUGAAGGACGAGCCGGUGGACGAGGAGUACGACCAGGCGCUGGUGUCGGCCACGUCCACAGCGAGCGUGAAAGACGAGCCCGGAAAGGAUGACCUGAAGAUCGGUUCGGUCUUCUCCGUGACUCCGCCCGCUGAAUCCCAGACGCAGCCCAACACCUCCUCGCUCCACAUGUCCUGUUCCUACUGCAAGAAGAACCUGCUGAAAGGACAGACGGCGUUCCAGAGGAAAGGCUCUCCGGCGCUGUUCUGCUCCACGGCCUGCCUCACCACCUCGCUGCCGUCGGUGAGAGGCCCCUCCAAGGUCUGCUUCAACUGUCAGAAGUUGAUAUUCCGACCUCAGGAGGUCAUCCAGACUCCUGAUUCCAAAGGAAAUGUGAGGGAAUUCUGCAGCCAGAACUGCCUGACCGCCUUUAACUACAAGCAAAACCCUGUCGGCCCGAAGUUGUCCGCCGGCCCGACGAAACCCGCGCAGAGCCAGUCGGUGUGCAGCAUGUGCUCCAUAACCAGCACCAGCAAACACGAGGUGAUCCUGAGCGGCACCGUUCACAAGAUGUGCAGCGACGCCUGCUUCAACCGCUUCCGCACCGUCAACAACCUGUCGAUGGCGGGCUGCGCCUGCUGCGGCUCCUUCUGCCACAGCAGGCCGCUCAUGCUGAAGAUGGACGACAGCAGCAAGACUCUGUGCAACAGCGAGUGUCUGGCCAAAUUCAAAGAGAAAACCAAGAUCAACCAGACGUGUUCGAUGUGCCGCAGCGUCCGCCCCGUUCCCCAGAUGGUCGACAACAAAAAUAGCGACGACUCUGUGAACCUGUUCUGCAGCAACAGCUGCGUGAUGGCCUUCAAAGUUCAAAGUGUCAGUUCUUCAGGAACUCGACUGAACUGUGACUACUGCAGCAAAACCACCGUACCGUCAUACCACCUGGCCAUGUCCGACACCUCCAUCAGGAACUUCUGCUCGCUGCCGUGCGUCAUGUCCUUCCAGGAGAAGUUUAAGAAGAGCCAGUCUCAGCUGAGCGUUUUCACCAAACUCUCUGUGGCAUCGUCCCAGAGCCCGGUCGCCACCACGACCGUCCAGAAGAAGCAGCCGGAGACCAAAGAGCCGUCCAGACUCGCCUGCUGCCAGUGCAGCAAGAGCAUCGUCAGCAAACCGGAGCUCAUUCAGAUCAAGGAUAAGCUGCUUUUCUUCUGCUCUGCCGACUGCUCCGCCGAGUACAAGAAGGUCAACGCUGUGAUCAGCCUGUGCGAGUACUGCAAGAUAAAGAAGUUCAUCAGAGAGGCCAAAAGGAUCGACAACAAGGACUGCUACUUCUGCAGCGACGGCUGUAAGCUCCUCUUCAGACACGAGCUGAGUAAGAACUGGGGCAAGCACUGUCAGGCCUGCGCGUACUGCCAGUGUGUGUCCAGGAAGCUGGUGACGGCGCAGUACGGCACCUCCAUCGAGGAGUUCUGCUCAGACGAGUGCCGGUCCAAGUACACCAUGCUCUUCUGCCACGUGGCCAAGUGCGACAGCUGCGGACGGAAGGGGAAGCUGAAGGAGAGCCUGCCUCUGCUCGGGGAGGUCAAACACUUCUGCGGCCUCAUCUGUAUGCUGAAGUUCUGCAUCGACACCGUGGUGACGCAGGGGCCGGUGAACGCAGGUGCAGGAGAGGACACACCUGUGAUCGCCAACGUCGUGUCACUGGCCGACCAAUCAGCAGAAGACAUAAACGACACACCUGCUGCACCAAGUGCAAACUCACACCUCCAGUCAAAGAGCUGCGGACACAUCAGCACCCAGACCGAGCCCAUGCGCUCCCACCCUCCUCCUCCUCCACCGAAGGUCCUGAAGAACAAAGCUCUGCUCUGCCGGCCGCUGGUGCAGAAUAAAGGAGUUUCCUGCCGAGCGCAGAUGGCGGAAGCGGAGACGCAGACGGACGACGCCUUCCCAAAAGUCCUGGUUCUGCCGGUUCCUGUUCCCGUUUACCUUCCUGUACCCAUGGGCAUGUACAGCCAGUAUGCCCCCAAGCCCGUGGGCCUCCCGUUGCCUCUGCCUGUCCCGAUGUUUCUUCCCGUGACGAUGAACAGCGCCGAGCGCAUCGUGGAGACCAUAAAGGAGAUCAAGCAGAAGAUCCCGUCGAAUCCUUUUGAGGCGGAGCUCAUCCUCAUGGCCGAGAUGGUGGCAGAAGAGGAGGAGGAGAAGGAUGACAAACAGGAAACUCAGAAGGAAAAAGCGUUUGGGAAUGAGGCGGAGAAGCCAGAGGCGGCUGCAGGAGAUGACCGCGUCAGUAACUAUAGCGAUGACUUGGAUACGGACGACUUGGCCAGUUUCCUGAACAACUGGGAAGACCCCUCCUCCGAUUCCGGUCUGAAGUUGUCGAGUCAAUCAAACGCUUCCGGGAAGCCGACCACGUAUCCAGAGGACACGCCCCCUGAGCCGUACGUGGAACCGCUGCCGCCCCCCAUGGACAUCGAAGCAGACUUCACUAUCGAAACCGUGGAGAGGAUGGCCCGGAUGAGAGAGCUCUGCAGAACUCCGAGUCCUUCGCCCGUACCGAAGCGACGGCAAGCUGCCCGGAAAGCCCGAGACAAACGGGGUCGAAAGUCGCAGCGACCUUCUAAAGCCGCGGAAGCCGCCUCUCCCAGGAAGAUGGUGUGUGCGGAGAUGCAGAAGCUGAAGAGCGAGUACGGAGUGGAUGCUUGGAAGCGCUGGAUCCAGUGGAGACAAACUCAGCCCAACCUGGAGCAGCGGCGCCUGGGCUCGCGGCCUCUGGAGCUGAGGGAGGACCUUCUCCGCUGCACCACCGCCGAACUCAGCUACGGUCUGUGCUGCUUCAUCAACGAGGUGAAGCGGCCGGGCGGAGAGCAGUAUUCCCCCGACAGCCUGUUCUACCUCUGCCUCGGCAUCCAGCAGUACCUGUUUGAAAACGGCCGUGUGGAGAACAUCUUCAUGGACCAUUUCUACGGGAAGUUCUCGUCGGAGUUCACCAGCAUGCUGAAGGGUUUCAAACCCACGGUCACGUCCAGCGGUUACGUCCAUUCCCGAGUGGAGGAGAACUUCCUGUGGGACUGUAAACAGCUGGGGGCGUACUCCCCCAUCGUCCUGCUCAACACUCUCCUCUUCUUCGGCUGUAAAUACUUCGGCUUCACCACGGUGGAGCAGCACCGCCAGCUGUCCUUCGCACACGUCAUGCGCUGCACCAAGACCAACCCGAACGGCACCAAGACCACCUUCCUGCGCUUCUACCCGCCCAUAUCCGUCAACGAGACGGAGCUGGAUCCAGACGUGGUUCCAGCGAAGAGGCGUAAAGAAGAGGGUAAGGAGGAGAUCCUGGAGAUGAUGGAGAACACGGAGAAUCCCCUUCGCUGUCCCGUCAGGCUGUACGAGUUCUACCUUUCCAAGUGCUCGGAGUCGGUCAAACAGCGCACCAACAUGUUCUACCUUCAUCCGGAGCGCUGCUGCGUCCCCAACAGCCCGCUCUGGUUCUCCUCCACUCCUCUGGACGACGGCGCCAUGGAGGCCAUGCUCACCCGCAUCCUCGUCGUCAGAGAGCUGCACCUCAAGGCCAAGAAAGACGAUGUGCAGAGAGAGGAAGGCGUGCAGAAAGACGACCCACCUUUUAUACCAGACGGGCAGGACGAGGACUCGGAGUGACAAACAGAACCGAAGUGACCUUCUAGUGGUUUUCAGGUGGAUUGUAAAUAAACGUUGGCAACAGCUUGUUCCGGAAAACUCCAACAGCGGCGUGCUGAGCUCCAGAGAAUCACGUCAACAGGAAGUUGCACAUUUUUAGACGCACAGCGACCGCUCAGCUUUUCCUGCUGCUCAGGACGCAGCCGAUCCGUGUUAUGCUUGCUUCCUUUCCUUUAUGUUCAUGUGUUCAGAUCCAUCAGUGCACACAGAUCUUCGUGUUGUCUGGGUAGAGGUCAACGGCGAUGAGAUGGGGAAGAAACAGAAAUUCUGAUUGGUUUGUUUCAGAAGAAAAGGGUUUAAUGAGGAUUUAUCUGUUUUUUUCCUCCUGGAUCUGUCGUUUGUUUUGGGAAUCUAAGAGUUUAAGAAGAUUUCUGUUAAAAGGGUUCAUUUUUAUUCCUACUGUAAUGAAACGUGCUAAAAGCUUUUGACUUUUCCAAAAUUCUGUCGUCUUUUGUUUCAAGAGGCCUUUUGACAUUCGUUCACAUUAGCACAAAAGGAAAUGUUUUGGGAAUUCAUGUUUAAACAUUUUGGACAUAAAUGGACAAAUCACCACCACCAGUGUCCAAUCCGUGCUCUUAAAGAUAAGUUAUAAGUAGAUUUAAAGAAAUUUGGUCACAUGAUGGAUUUGAAUGUAACUGAAGUUGCUGUGAAGUAAUCUAAGGAGUACAAAUUACUGAUGUGUGUAAAAACUCUUUUCCGAUGCUGGUCCUGAGGUGAGUUUUUUGGGAAUGCUGUGUCAUCCAAAAUGAAUCCUGUUCUAUAAAACAAUGCUUAUUUCAAUCCACUCAAGCUUAUGAUGUUCGUAGUCUGUAGCUGCCUAGACUUUUUAUAUUGUUUGUUCUUUUUUAAUAAAACAUUUUAAACACUA